GGCGGUAAUCCACAUUCAAGUCCUGGGCCGUCAGUCAAAAGAAGAAGAAGAAGUAACCCGGAAGUGGUGUUCAGCGUGAAGGUCUAUUUUUGUUGGGCUUGAAAGUCUUUUUUUGUUGUUUUUUUGACCAGAAUGGGCGUAAAAUUAGAAAUCUGCAAAAUGAUCUUCUAUGUCACCUUUCCCGUCACCAUGUUCUGGAUCUCCAAUCAACCAGACUAUUUUGAGGAGUACGUCUUGAAGAAGAAGAGGGAGAUGUUACCCCCUAAUGAGACCCAGCGGAGGAAAGAGUACGAAGAAUUCAAGGAGAGGAUGCGAGUUCGAAGCGAGCAGCGUCUGUCGAGACAAAUCUCCAUGGAGUCCGAGAACUAAAUAUAUUUAGUGAAAUGUGUAUUGUAUAUAUUGCCGACGCGCGUGUGUCUCCAUGAUGAUGAUUUUUGAAGUACCAGAAUACCUUAUUGCAUCAUCGUUAUUCAGUCAGUUCGUGCCUUUGGACUUUUCGGUUUGGUGUAUUUGUAGUUGUCAUUACAAGCAAAUGAAAUGCUUUAUUGGAAUGAUUUGCUCCAUCACAGUCCAGAGUUAUCUGUAAAUAUGCAUCUUAAUAUCCUCCUAACAUCUUGCAAUGGAUUAUUAGACAAAAAACAUGUUCUAGAAUAAAAGCUGUAGCGUUGUGAAGAAUCUCCAGUGAUGUGUAACAUGGUUUUUCCCAAGAUGCCAUACAUCAUUUAUGAAAGUUAUUAAAUUAUUGUGUUUUAAAAAGUACAAUUUGAGUGGUUUUGUAAGUGUUUAUUUAAUUUAAAAAAAUGUUUUCCCCAAGAUGGCGCCGCUGUAGUGGCUGCUGGUGGCAGGAGCUCGGUGCUCUUGUGUCAUCCUUUUGUAUUCCUGAUGUUUCCCUCUUGGUUCUGGUCCCUUUGGGACCGUGUGGCACUUUAGUGACUUCCGCGGUGCUUUUUCGUGAACUUCUGGAUCUGCCUUUUGGGCCAUGGAGACCAGUUGCUGGGUCUCUGC